CCUUGUUCCUGCCGAGCCAUUGUCAGGCUGCCCCACUGGUCCCCAGCCCGAUGGGUUCGGGUCUGGCAGCAGCCAGCCCUGCCCUGGUGCACCGAGUGGAAGGGAGGAUGAUGGUACCUGGGAGCGGUGGGCCAGGGUGAUAGGCAGGACUGUGUCCAAACUCCCUGAGAGACAACAGAACAAACAGCCAAGUGGGAAGUCAGACACUCCGAGACUGUUGCGGAAAGGAGACCUAGUUGCUUUACGCUGACAGCCAUGGUGGUAGCUGUUUUCAGUCAAGCCCUGCCACCCCGUCUUCAGCUCCACGCUCUUCUGUGUCGGCAUCAGAGUUUUACACUCUUGCUUUCAUGGUCACUUGGGCUUCUGUGCAAAGCAAAUGAAACUGCUUCGUUUUUCUCCUUCUCAAGUUGCUUAGUAGAAGGGACUUCACAUUUCAGGAUGGAGAUUUUGAAAUUCCAGGUCCAGGCGGAGACGGGAGAGCAAUAGCAGCUCUUUCUGGAGGAAGGGAUAAAGGCACUGAUUGCAGGAGAGAAAAGAAACACUGUAGUUAUCAGCAUUCAAAAGGCACGACACAGGCUUAAAUAUAUGCAAAGCCUUGGAGAGACUGAAGAAAUUUACUGACUAUAUUGCGGAAAGCUUCUGACAGGCGCAUCGCAUCUUUGAAAGAGAUUGGAAAGGAAAAUUGUAGGUGAUUAUUUGAAACUAAUGUAUUUUAGAAAUUUGAAAUCUGAGAUGCACUAGAGUUUAGAGACCUUCGUUUGAUUAAGGUAUGGUGUGAAUAUGCGUUGCUUGGCAGCUCGGGUCAACUAUAAGACUUUGAUCAUCAUCUGCGCGCUCUUCACUCUGGUCACAGUCCUGCUGUGGAAUAGAUGCUCCAGUGAUAAAACUACUCAGUUUCCCCGAAACCUGAACAAUGGCUUCCGAGUAGACGGAUUGGAAAAACGAACAGCUGCAUCUGAAAGUAACAACUAUGUAAACAACCUAGCCAAGCAGCAGAGCGAGGAGGCGUCCCCCCAAGAGCAACAGAAAGCACCCCCUGUUGUUGGAGGGUUCAAUAGCAAUGGAAACAAAAUUUUGGGACUUAAAUAUGAAGAAAUUGACUGUCUGAUCAAUGAUGAGCAUACAAUUAAAGGGAGGAGAGAGGGCAACGAGGUCUUUCUGCCCUUCAGUUGGGUGGAGAAAUACUUUGAGGUUUAUGGGAAAAUUGCUCAGUAUGAUGGCUAUGACAGAUUUGAGUUCUCUCAUAGCUACUCCAAAGUAUAUGCACAGAGAGCACCUUACCACCCCGAUGGAGUCUUCAUGUCCUUUGAGGGCUACAAUGUAGAAGUUCGAGAUAGAGUGAAGUGCAUAAGUGGUGUUGAAGGUGUGCCAUUAUCCACACAGUGGGGACCUCAAGGCUAUUUCUACCCAAUCCAGAUUGCACAAUAUGGGCUAAGUCAUUAUAGUAAAAAUCUGACUGAGAAACCACCUCACAUAGAGGUGUAUGAAACAGCUGAAGACAAGGACAAAAGCAGCAGACCUGUUGAUUGGACUGUACCAAAAGGCUGUUCUGUUUUAACAGUACCUGAUAAAUCCAGGUUCACUAAUGUUAAACAGUUUGUCGCUCCAGAAAAUACUGAAGGGGCAUCUCUGCAGCUUGGGAACUCCAGAGAUUUUAUUAUUUCUUUUGACCUCAAAUUCAUCACAAAUGGGAGCAUAUCUGUGGUUCUAGAAACAACUGAGAAGAACCAGCUCUUCACCAUACACUAUGUCUCGAACACUCAGCUGAUCGCUUUUAAAGACCGAGAUAUUUACUAUGGCCUUGGACCUAGGACCAGUUGGAGCACAGUCACUAGAGAUCUGGUAACUGACUUAAGGAAAGGAGUUGGUCUCUCCAAUACAAAAGCUGUGAAGCAGACAAAAAUAAUGCCUAAGAAAGUGAUUCGGUUGAUCACAAAGGGAAAAGGCUUCAUUGAUAACAUCACUAUAUCGACAACUGCCCACAUGGCGGCUUUUUUUGCUGCAAGUGAUUGGCUAGUGAGGAACCAGGAUGAAAAAGGUGGCUGGCCAAUUAUGGUGACACGGAAGUUAGGGGAAGGGUUUAAAUCUUUAGACCCUGGCUGGUACUCUGCCAUGGCACAAGGGCAGGCCAUUUCAACGUUAGUCAGGGCUUAUCUGUUAACAAAAGACCACACAUUCCUCAGCUCCGCUUUACAGGCCACAGCACCGUACAAGCUCCCGUCAGAGCAGCAUGGAGUGAAAGCUGUCUUUAUGAACAAACAUGACUGGUAUGAAGAGUACCCAACCUCCCCUAGCUCAUUUGUUUUAAACGGUUUCAUGUACUCUCUGAUUGGACUGUAUGACUUAAAAGAAACUGCAGGUGAGAAGCUAGGGAAAGAGGCAAAAUCUCUCUAUGAUCGAGGAAUGGAGUCCCUCAAAGCCAUGCUGCCGCUCUAUGAUACUGGCUCAGGAACGAUCUACGACCUCCGUCAUUUCAUGCUAGGCUCUGCUCCCAACCUGGCCCGGUGGGACUAUCACACCACCCACAUAAACCAACUCCAGCUAUUAAGCACGAUUGACGAGUCCCCAAUUUUCAAAGAAUUCGUCAAGAGAUGGAAGAGCUACCUUAAAGGUGGCAGGGCAAAGCACAACUAGAGCUCACAACCAAAACCCCGUUUCAGCUAUCUGCUGUUGACAGGAAUUAUUGGACUCCUUAAAGCUAAACAAAGGUACAUUUUAAAAGGUUGCAUACUAAGUUUUUUGUGGACUAUUUCAAAGUGGUCCUCAAAACUGAUCUUCAGAAAGUAAUUGCAUUCCAGCAUGAGAAUACUUCUGUCUGGGAGGUGGAAUUUGAAGCAGGGGUCCAGUCAAAGGACUGAAUAAAAGCUGGUACUUUAUCUUGUUUACCUGCCCAUAGUGUUCCAUAGCGAAAUUAUUCGCACUGAACAAAAUUGUACUCCUGA